AAAAUCAAAUCUGCUUUCUGAAUCAGUCAUCGCUGAGGGUUAGGGCACGGUUCUGUGGCUCCUGGUGUGCCUGCUUGUCCCUGCAGGGUGGUAACCAAGUCUGCUUUGGACAGUGGUUUAAAUUGCUGUGUUUCACUAAGUUGAACCUUGGCACCUCUCCUCAAAGGGAGUAGAAUUCUGUAGAAAGGAGUAGAAUUGUGGGGUUUUUUUGUCUGUUUGCUUUUUCCAAGCAGAGAAAGAAAGAGAACCUUGCUGAACUUACUGGCUGUCUGGUCCUAGAGACAUAGGUGAACAAACUUUCCUCCAACUUAGCCUCUGUUUUCAGAGAAGAUUAUUCCAGGAAGAACUGGAUCUGUGGAAGGUAUAGGAGGGUGAGAAGGGAAGAUCUACAGCCUGAUGCACCUUGUGUUCCUUUUGGGGUUCAGAGAUGCUGGCCUGCUUCAGCUACAGAGCAGGGCCGGACCAAGAUGUGAAGGGCUGAGAUAUGAGGACUGUCUGCUCAUUAUCACAGCUGUUGGCAGGUUACUCUCCCUCCAUUUCUUUCUCUCUCUGGAGAGAAUAUCUUUGCCUCUCUUCUUUCCCUUCCUUUUCUUCCCUCGCAAUUUACCAAGCUGGGGCCCUGCUGCAGGGACCACAGCUGUGACAACAGCAACAGCCUCUUGCACUUGUGCAGUUCUUGUCAUGACAAGGACCUCCUUUUUGGAGAAGCUUCCAAGCAGUUUGCAAAGCUUUCAAGCAUCGUGUUCAUAUUUCAGCUGGAGACGCUCACCUGUAAUAACUGAAGUUGACUUAUUCAACUUCACGCAUGCAGGGGUUGCGUUUAGAGUCUCUGUUUUCCUGAUCUUAAGAUUGACAUUUUGCUGCAGGCUGGGUGGCAAGCUGACAGCAGAGCUCGCACUGCUCCUGCACGCUUUUCAUCCUGUUCUUCAGCUUUGUUCACUUCCAGCAGCAGCCUGUAGAGAUCUUGGAAUCCAAAUGCUCACGGAGUUAGGUGACAUCUGGUAGCUGAGGUGAAUGGAGACUUUAAAAAUGUCAUUGAUGCUUGAAAGGUGGACUUAGAUCCUGAACAUGAUAGAGGGGUGUUUAAGUGCCCUAAGGACGGGGGAAUAAAGUCUGAGCAGUGGGAACUGUUGUGUUUCAAGGUUCGUACAGCACUAAGAACAGCAUUAGGACUUAGUGAAAUAGAUACAAGAGUAAUAAAAUGGACAAUUAAACCCAUCUCAUUAGAGCCUUUGUGCUCCCAAUGCUUGUUACUCGCAAUGAAAAAUUUCAGUACGUAACUCGGAUCCCACAGUGCUGCUGAAUGAGAUUGGUUCAGAUCAUUGAGAAUUUCCCUGCCUGGUGGUUAUGCAGAACAGGACAGAACCCUUGGGAUGCUCCUUGAAGCUACCUUGGAUUUAUACAGGCGUCCGUGACAACCUGCCAUAGUUAGAGUGCUUGCACUUGUUUGUGCCUUUAUGAAAGAUGCAGGGAACAGUAUGGGAGGCCUCACAGGGAGCAGAGCAUGGGGCAGAGGGUGUAUUUUAGUGAUCCUUUACUACUGAAGAGGCAGGGAUAGGGCAGGAGAACACUCUGCAAGGCACUGGGGAGACAUGCCUGAUACUUCCAAGGCAAAUGCAGUCAAAAGAAGCCAGUGUGAUGUCAUGUGAUGAGCAAAGCCCUGCAUGGGCUCAGGACCCUGUGGUGCCAGAGUUGUAGCCAAAGCACUUCCAUAAAGAAAAUCCUUCUAAUGCUUUUGGUCAAGGUUAUGCCCAAGGCAACGAGUCGGUGUACUUGGCUCCUUGCUACCUCAUUGUGUCUAACCGGCACAGGAGCCCACAGAUCAAUCCAUCACCCACUGCUGGGGAACUGGCACUUUUGGCCACAGCACCAACAAAGGCCAUCACAAACGUGUGUACAGUGCUCACAUAACCGUGGUGUCCAGCAGGACACCUCAUUAGAGCUGGAAUGAGGGUUUGUUCGGGUGUGUUUAGAAGGAGUUAAUGAGGUUUGGCAUUCAGAGCAGCUUAUUUCUAACUCUCGAUUCGCUGCCCUGGGUAAGCUGCUGCUUAUGGUAACUCUUGUUUCGUGGCUGAGCAGCCCUGCUGUGCUGAGAAGCAGCCCAGACAGGAGCUUUGGACAGGGGCACUGAGUUUGAAGACCUUCCAAACAUGAGGUGAAGGCAGAACACAUUAAAAAGGCAACGUGUGUUUGCUGUGCUGGGAAGCCACCAGAGAAAGAGGUUGUUAGUUAGGGGAGACGGUAAUGAUAGUAUUAAAUAAUCUCUAUUUUCAUUUACUGAGUGCUAAUGAUCCAAAGAAGCUGAAAAUCCCAGAGGAUGUGUUUCCUGUGGAUUAACCCAGCGGAAUGGCAAGACAUACAGUUAUUGUAUAAUGAAACUUCACCAAGGCCUGGAGCUGCUCAGAUGCAUUCUUGCUCCAUUUUGCUCUUCAGAAAGCCAGUUUUUAGCAUAUUAUUUACACAAUAGUGAACCACUGGCACUGUUCUCUGUACAGAUAAUGGCACGAUCUUAUUUUGAGCUUCUCUCAUCAGUGGCAGAAGAGGAAUCCUCCACAUGAGGCUGCAGGAAAAUUGCUCUUCCAUUAUCAUUCCAGACUUUGUGCGGUCUUCUGUCCCUUUUAUCCCCCUCAAAAAAAAAAAAAAAAAAAAGUGACCUUAUAUAAACAUACAUUUGGGGUUUUCCACAACAUGUAGUUGGCCUGAAUUGAGAAUUCUGCCCUGAAUUGAGCCAAUUAGGCCUCUGGGGCCAUAAGUAAUGCCCUUCCCACUUCUGUUAACAUGUAGGACAGCAGCCUGACCGAAGAACAACACUGAGGCAUGGAGAUACUGGCCUCAUGUUGAGUCACUUUUAUUGCAGCCUAUGUCAGUGGCAAGAGGGAGCCUCCUGUCCUAACUAUAAGGUGCACUCAUUUCUGGUACGUACUGCUCUCUCUUGGGUAUUUUUAACACUUGCAGCAACAGAGCAUGCUCAGCUUCAUUUCGGAGGUGAUCUCAACCAGCCAAAAGUGCCACUGAUGUAUUUUCUAGAUAUUCAUCCUACACGACGAAAUUAAAGACAGUAUACCUUAACGCUGCUUUGUGCCCUUGUCCCACUCACAGUGACACCUCUCGUUCCUUGUUUUAAUGUGCACAGUUUGAAAUAGACUGAGAUUUGUAUUUUAGGGAUAUUUAGUGUCUGGCUUUCACUGAAAAUAAUGGGAGUCAGACUCUAAAGACCCUCUCAGCAUCUUUGUUCCUUGACCUUAAGCUGUCUCUUUGAAUUUACGUAGUAUAACAGAAAGGUUUAAAGUCAGAAAUGGAUUAACAGCUAACACCAGUCUAUCUGGAAUUGCUUGCUUUAUUCCAGAUGAAGCCAUUGACAGCUUUGGAGGAGAUGUAAAUGUGUUGGGCAGAGGAUGGAGCUACAGGGCCUUGCUGCUUAUAUGAGCAUUUCCUACUGUAAAUUGCUCGAGGACACCAUUUUAUCUGAUUGCUCCUGAUGCUGCAAAGGACCCCAGUGGCAGCUGUGUCAGGCCCAGUGACAGGCACCACGUGCAGCCUCUCGCCUGGACGGAGCCUAUCGUCCCCCCAUGGCAACAGAAGAUAAUUUUGCAGCAGCUAAGUAUGAUGCUCCAGUUGCUGUCUACUGUGGGAGCGUCCCAAAAGUCAAACCCAGAUGCAGAGCUCUGCGGGGUGGAAGCAUUGAUUCAAACUUGCAGCUUUGUGGCAGCAGAUGGAUUACUGAAGAAGGAGGGGCCAUCUCUUCCCUGGAGGGCUGGGGCAGCAAGGCUUGUGUGCAGGACCUCGAUGCUGGGGUUGGAGGUGAUCUCUCCCCCCUUCCUCAUCCCCAGGAAAGGGAGGUGAGCAGUGCUGCCCUGGAAACUGCUCAGAUCAAGGACAAGCUGAAGAAGAGGAGGAUGUCUGAGGGCCUGUUAGCCCCACUGAGAGGCCUGACUGAAAGCAGUGACCUGAAGGGGGUUGCCCUGAAGCCUGCAAUUUCUAGGUCAGCCUCCCAGAGGCUCCUGGUAACCUCCAAGCCCGUGCCCCCCAUCCAGAACAGCCUUCCUCCCCCAGAGCCCAGCUGGAUGAGCAACGGGGAGCAGGAGCUCCGGGAGGAUGGAACAACAGAUCAUGGUGGCAGUGAAGGCAACAACAAAGAACUGACAUCAGAGGCUUCAUUGCAGCCUCUGUACUGUGGUGACGAGGAAAGGAAGAAGUCACUGGGGGUGGCUUUGAUUCCUCCCAUCCCCAAGUCAGCAAGACCAUCUGACGGGGAUCCCAGCAGCACUGAAAUGCCUCUUCCAAGCUCACAGCAGCUGAUUUCUCAAGAGCCCCUGGAGAUGAGGCCAAGAUCAGGCAGCAGGACAGAAGAGAAGACCCCUGCGUCUCUGGAACUCCGGACUCCGGAACCCAUCUUGCCUAUUCCCCAGCAUCGUGUUGCCUGUAGCAUGAAGUCUGUGAGGCAUGCGUAUGAACCCGUGCCCCCAUUGGCAGAUCUGCCCCUCAGCCAGGCCAAAGAGACGGAUCACCUUUCAAGUCCUCGCCUUCUGAAGGACGAUGACUGGAAGGACAGCAAUGGAAGGAUCCAUAUCACCAUAUCCAAGUCUGCUCAGGAGAAAAUGCGCCAGAAGCAAACAAGAGAGAUGGAGCUUUUGCUCAGAGAGAGGGAGAAAGAGAGAGCAAAGGAGAAGUCAUUGCAGUUCUCCACUUGGAGCGCUGACCCUGGGGGUGUGGCUGGAGAAGACUUUGGCUCACCGCACAUCAAUGGGGCACUCUCCAUCUCCUCCAGCACCAGCAAUGCGUGCAGGUCAAGCAUUGGUGCCACGCUGAGGAAGCGGGUCAACAGGCCCUCCUUGCCCAGCAUCCCUGUCAUCAGCCAGGACACCAGCUUCCCACGGCACUCUUCAGCAAACUCACUGCCAGCCAUUGCUUUGGGCUGCCCGGAAUGGGGAGAGGAGCCUGAGUGUGGGGAUGCCGGGGAAACCAGACCCUUCUCUCAUCCAGAGCAGGGGCUGCUGGAUGCACUUGCGUGGCUCAACAGCAGUGACUGGCAGCUGAAGGGGAAAGGACUCUUCAGCAUCAGACGCUUGGCCAUCUGCCACUCGGAAAUCCUCCUCAGUAGACUUCAUGAUGUUACCUUGGCAGUUACCAAAGAGGUGAACAACCUCCGCUCGAAGGUGUCUCGCUUUGCAAUCAACACUCUUGGAGAGCUCUUCAGGAUCAUGAAGAAACACAUGGACCAGGAGGUAGAGGAGGUCGCUCGGGCCUUGCUGCAGAAGACGGGGGACUCCAGCGAGUUCAUUCAAAAAGCAGCUGAUCGAUCCCUGGGGAUUAUGGUGGGGAGUGUGACUCCUGCAAGAGCAAUGGCUGCUCUCCUGGCUGGUGGGGUCAAUCACCGCAAUGUCCUGGUGCGGAGGUACACAGCAGAGCACCUACUGACUGUGAUGGAGCAGAUUGGAGCUGAAAAGCUCCUGUCAGGCACGCGUGACAGCGUCGAGCUUCUCGUUCACAUGCUGGUCAAGCUUGCUCAGGACUGCAAUCAGGAUACAAGGUUUUAUGGAAGGAAGAUGCUGAAUAUAUUGAUGAGUCAUCCAAAAUUUGAUGGACAUUUGAAACAAUUUCUCCCCUCGCGUGACUUGCAAGUUGUUAUGGCAACAAUUAAGCAGAAAGGGGUAGAAGACCAUACGCCUGAACCUCCAUCUGCCAAAGGCCGCAGGGAGUCCAGGAACAGUGGUUUGAUGACGUCCCAGGAAAACUUGCCUUCUCAUGAAGGGUCCAGCUCUGAUGUCCUCCUCUUACCCCAUCAGACAGUUCGGCGCACAUCGCUUCGCACUGUGGAAGAGAAUGAACAACUCAAAGAGCUUAACAAUCUCCUGUCAGCAAAGGAGUUUCAGACACGAAUAGAGGGAGUCAUGCUCCUCCUAGAUCACUGCAAAAGCAACCCCCAGCUCAUCUCAGCGAAUAUUGUCCAGAUUUUUGAUGUUUUUGUCCUGAGACUUCAGGAUUCCAAUAAGAAAGUGAAGCAGCAGUCACUGGAAGCUCUGGCUUCAGUUAUACCCAUUCUCAGAGACACCUUACACCCAGUGCUGGUCUCUUUGGUAGCAGCAGUCACAGACAACCUGAACUCAAAGCAUACAGGGAUUUAUGCUGCGGCUGUGAAGGUGUUGGAAGCAUCCAUUGCUCACCUAGACAACGCAUUACUGCUGCAAGCCUUGGCCCACCGCGUGCGUUUCCUCAGUGGCCGAGCCAUGCAGGACGUCACGGAGCACCUCUCAGUGCUUGUGGCAUCUGUUUAUCCCCGGAAAGCCCACGUGGUCGAACGCUACGCCCUGCCCGUGCUCUGGUUCUUCCUGAGCAACAUGAUCGGAAAUGGUGUCCUGCCCGGGCGAAGCAGCAAUGUCAGGGCUGCAGUCACCAAGCUUGCCAAGAGCCUCCACCAAGAGAUGGGCUCCAGCCUCAAGGAGCUUGCUGCCAGCCAGCCUCCGCACGUGGCAAAACACCUCUGGCACGUUUUGGACCUGGAUGGUCAGUGAAGAAGGCUUGGUGUCCUCCACGCAGCUGGCAGAGACCCCGGCAUUGGCUUUACUCCGGUUUUGAAGCACCAGAUUUAUCCUACAGAGUUUAUAGCUACAGAUGUACAUAGUCUAUUUUGAUGUAGGCUAUUUUUUAAAAAAAAGGAAGUAUUUUUCAAAGCUUUUAUUUCUUGAGCUUGCAGAACUUACAUAGACAUGAAAAAAAAUAAAAACCCAUGUGUAAAUGCAACUUGUAACUGUAAAAAGGGAGUAAUAUAUUUAUAUACGUACUUGGAAGGUGAGAGAUGUGCAUAUAUACUUACUUACGAUGUAAGAGAUGGGUUUUGUAAACGUAUGAGCUGCAGGAUUAGAUAGCUUGCUGUCAGUGCAGUAGCAGAUGCACAGGUCAAACUCUGGUACCAGAACAGGAGAAAUCCCCUUGGCUUUGAAAUUUCCCUCCUAUUUCAAGGGGUGUAUCUUGUCUGUAGUCCCCUUUCCUUCCCCAUGUAACAGGCUGACGCACAGAGGUCCUGGGGCAGCAAUUGGCUGAGGGCAUAAUACUGAGUCUGGAGUGAGGUAAGCUGUGGUUGGCACCGUGGAACAAAUAAAGCCUAAUUUUUGUUUAACAUGUA